CAUCCACUUGAUAAAUGGAGGCGUAAAGGUAACAUGACUGUGACUGUGUGAGAGAAGAAGAGAAAGGAAGGAUCGAGUUUCUCAACGUGUAAACACUGGACUUAGCUGAAACUGAGCAAGGAAUAGCAAGACCUCACUUUUGUCAAUCUUGUCAUUGUAAAGACUCUCUUUAGAGAUAGUUAAAAUGGCAGCUAGUAGCGCCGGAGGAAAAAAUUUCAAGGUGGUUUUGCUUGGAGAAGGCUGUGUCGGAAAAACGUCGCUGGUGUUGCGAUACGUAGAAAACAAAUUCAAUGAUAAACACAUUACAACAUUGCAAGCAUCAUUUCUCAACAAAAAGCUGAAUAUAGGAGGAAAACGAGUCAACCUUGAUAUAUGGGACACGGCAGGUCAAGAGAGGUUUCAUGCAUUAGGACCUAUCUACUACAGAGACAGCAACGGGGCAAUACUAGUCUAUGACAUUACAGAUGAGGAUUCCUUCACGAAGGUGAAGAGCUGGGUGAAGGAGUUGAAGAAGAUGCUGGGGAAUGACAUCUCAUUAUGUAUAGCAGGAAACAAAAUUGACCUGGAAAAGCAGAGGAAUGUAUCAGUAGCGGACGCAGAAGCAUAUGCUGCCUCAGUGGGAGCUAAACACUUUCACACAUCAGCAAAACUCAACAAAGGGAUAGAAGAAAUGUUCCUGGAUCUUAGCAAACGAAUGUUAGAAUCAACGUUCCUUGACGACGGGGCGAGCAGUAGCCGAGCGUCCAAACACAAAAGUGUGACGAUAGUAGAAGACGCAGAGGAGCCCAAAAGUGGAGGAUGCUGCUAAUACAUGGAGCUUGGGGUGGAGACAACAGUAGAGGGAGCAAUUCAUGUUUGUGAAGUGUACUUUGGAGAUGGCAUGACACAAGGUUUUCUUCUUUUGGUGUUCAUGUGCCACAGAGGGUUGAAAGAUCAGUCGCCUUGAUGGGCUCUUGAGCUUUGUUCAGACUCAAUGCGUUAUUAAAUCUGUCUUUAAAAAAAAGAAAAAA